CAGACCUAUCUUCCACGAAGAGUUUAGAGUUUUGUUUUUUUUGUUUUUUUUGUUUUUUUAUCUCCACUAUAUGAUCAAUUUUUAAGGCUUUACUCACACCCAUCUAGCCUGGACCUACCUGCCACUGACUGAGGUCCCCUUUCUUCUCUGUGGACAUUCAUAUCAGAUCCCUCCUCUCCUGUGAGCUGUAUUAUGCAGAGACUCAUUCCUCAGCUUGGAAUUUAGCUCACUGUUAGAGUGCUUGUCUGACAUGUUUGAGGCUCUGGGCCUGAUCUCCAGUCUCAAACUACUUGUUUCCACAUCUGAAAACCGUGAACAUGACUUCAUGAGCAGUGUUAAAGUUGACACAGUAUCUGGUAACUAUCAAGUAACUACGGCAGAUAUAGAGUACAUAGAGUAGGCAAGCCAUCAACCAACCGCUUGCAGGAAAUUACACUAUAGAUUAAAAUCCCAGAUCUCAGCCUCCCUGAGGAUUAAGUUGAUUAAAAAAAAAAAAGUUAAUGGUAAGAACUAAUGGUCAGGUUCUAUUUUUCUUUUUAAUUGAAAACAAAGCUCUGUCUGCAGCCCUGGCUGUCAUAGAACUCCAUGUCCAUCAGGCUGGUCUUAAACACAGCAUCUUUCUGCUCCUGUCCUGAGUGCUGGAAUUAACAGAUGUGAGCCACCACAUCCAGCUAAAUAUGGUUCUUGUCAUUGUCUCUCUCUCUCUCCAAUUCUGUUCGGAGAAAGACUAACAUGGGCUGGGUAUGGUGGCACAGGUCAGUAUCCUACUACCCAGGAGGUACAGACAGGAGGGUGAGAGUUCAAAGUCAAUCUUGCUUAGUUUCAGAUGGCUGCUGAGGCUUUAGGAAUUCCUGUCUCAGAAAACCAAGGGGCAGGGCAACAAAGGCCAUUCAAUAUGGAUGAUUCAGUAGCUUAGAGGUGGGGACCGACUUAUUAAAGCAGAGUUUAUGCCUCUCUUGCAUUUUAGCUAUUAGAAAGCGGAAACAUGACAAUGAUUUAAAAAUAUGGAGAAGAGGUUAACAGAGGACACGAGAGAAGGGAGGCUGCUCUUCAGAGAACAGGAAGAUUGUUCAGCAUCAGUGGGCUGUGGGGAAGAGCUUGUGACUUGAUUAAGUUAAACUGUGGGGGUUGGGGAUUUAGCUCAGUGGUAGAGCGCUUGCCUAGCAAGCAAAAGGCCCUGGGUUCGGUCCCCAGCUCCGAAAACAAAACAAAACAAAACAAAGUUAAACAACUGUGUUAAGACUUGCUUAGGGUGUGGGGGAUUGACUUCAACAGUAGACUGCUGGCUGCCUAACGAAUGCAAGGCCCUGCCUGGGUUUGGUUCCUAGCAUGGGUUUAGGGAAUAUAUGACCAACUGGCUUAGGCAGAGCUUCCAAAGCACUAGACAGGGAGGGGAGACAGGAAAGAGAUGACUGGCAGUGGUGAAUCUCAAGGAAGCUGAGUGCUAGCCUCUACUUGCCUGCAACUAGUUCUCCAUUUUAUUAGAAAUGGGAAGAAAGGAAAUAAGACUGACAGCACACCCGCUCUGUCAGCCAGUCACUUCCUGGACAUUGUGUCAACCUCAAUACUGCCCAUGGAAUCAGGCUCACCAUUUUCAGAUGAGGAAACGGGGGGGGGGGGGUGAAACAGAACAGUCUUCUGUCAGACCACUGCCUCUUUUCCAUUGGCCACUAACAAUCCUGUCAUGCCUGUGGCUGGAGGUAUAUACCUUGGUUUCUAUAACCAGUAGCACAAAGUCUGAGCCCCCUAAUUUCCCAGGGUAGGAGAUGAACAUAAAUUAAGAGAUUUUAUUUUUCAGUGUUUGGAUAUGUAGUGCUCUUCCAAAGGGCUCCUGUGGCCCACAGUGGUGGCACUUUUGGUGACUGGAUUAUAAGGGCACUAACUUCAACAAUGACCAAUCUACUUACUAUUGAUAAACAAAUGGGAUCUUGGGUUCUUGGAUGGAAGAAGUAGGUCCCUGCAGCUGGAAGGUCCCUGCAGCUAGAAGGUCCCUGCAGAUGGACGUUUGAAGCAUAUCUUGCCUCUGGCCACUUCCUGCUACAAGAUGAGCAGCUCUACUCCAUCAUGCUCUCUGACAUGAAGGAGUAGAGCCAAGACCAAGGGCUGAAAUCUCUUGAGAUGGAGGCCGUGUAUAAAUCCUAGCUUCUGCAAGUCGUUUUCUCAAAUAUUUGUUACAGAGACCAGAAUUUCAAUAGCCACCCACCAAAAUGUAAUGUUUAUAUUAAAAUGGCAGACAACCUCAGUUUUGCUUCGAAUACUAUCACUAAAUGAUUCAAUACAUUGAUAGUCUGUUUUUCCAAAUCAAAUGCACUGUCAAAUCAACUUAUGACAAUUGCUUAGGUCCCUGACAGAAAUGUGAAGCUAAGCUGAAGACCAUUAAUUCAGGAAUUGCUGUCAGGUACAUAAAUAUUGCAGGAUAUUUGGUCAUACUGUGAACUCAAAGAUUUGUGUUAUUUACUGGGAAAACAACUGUCUAGUUGUGGUGUUGCUUACCCUUAGCACACACUUUUAACUCCUCUGCCUGGACUUUAGUACACACCUUUAAUCCCAAACAAUGAAGGUAAAGUUAGUUUGUAGUAGGAAGUACCCAUGUUUGAAAGUAAUGUCUAACUGAGUGGCAGACAAAGUGAUGAAUCAGAGAAAAAUAGAACAUGCCUACCUCUCGCAAGAAGGGAGAGCAAAGGGAAGUUACUUAAGGGGCAGUGCAAAGGAUGAGGAGGCAGCUUUACUGGGACAGUUGUAGAGACAGGCUGUGGAGAGAGAACAAGCUAGACACAGGUGAACACCACACAAACCAAAGAGAAGGUACCAGGAAAUUAGAACAUAUUGGCAAAGUUAGUAGAGGCCAAGUAGAGCAAAAUAUCAGAGGCUAAGAGAGAGAAGCCAGAUUGAAUCAGAGUGAUGGUUUUUAUACGCUUGGCCCAAGAGCGGCUCUAUUAGGAGGCAUGGCCUUGUUGGAGUAGGUGUGUCACUGUGGGCGUGGGCUUAAGAUCCUCCUCUUAGCUUCCUGGGAGUCAGUAUUCUGUUAGCUACCUUCAGAUGGAGACGUGGACCUCUCAGCUCCUCCUGCACAUGCCUGCCUGGAUACUGCCAUGUCCCAGCUGUGAUGAUACUGGACUGAACCUCUGAACCAGUAAGCCAGCCCCAAUUAAAUGUCAUGGUGUCUGCUCACAGCAGUAAAACCCUGAGACAGUCAGCUUGGAGUCUGAACCAGAACAGCUGAGUUGACCAGUCAGCCAGAGCUCAGGUAGAACAAGAAAGACUGAGCUUACUCAGCAGUAAGUCUCAGAGGCUGAAAACAUUCUAGGCCUAGAUAAGAUUGUAUGGAGGUUAGAAGCUUCCAGGCCUAGGCCCAGGUUAGAGAUGUAGGCAAUAAGCCUUGGGGAUAAUUACUACAGGAGAAUAAAAGAUAGUUGAACACAUAAACUAUCUCACUUAACCAUCCAAAUGGCCCUGUAUAGUAAUACCAUUUUAUGAACAAAGUUGCUGAGGCUUGGAGCUUAAGAAUACCCAUCUAUCCUUUAAAGGACUCAGCUGGGAUCAGAAUCAAAGGCUUUACACAGGACCUGUGUUCCAGGGUACCAUACUGCAACAUCUUUCAGAGGUCAGAGGCAGGAGCAGUACAAACACACAGGUACCUGGGUACCAUCUGCCCACUCUUGCUUGAUGCUGGUUUUAUUUUUGAAAACAAUCCCAUUCUGUAUUUCAGGACACCCAUGAACAAUUAUUCUUCUGCCUAAGUCUCUCAGGUGCUAGAAUAUUAAAGGUGUGAGCACCAUGUCUGAACUAGAUAAUGCUACUACCACCAUGUCCAAUGACAGCAUCUCCCUCCCCAUCCUCCCCCCAAUCAGUGUGUGUAGUGUGUGACACAGCAUGUGAGUGGAGGUCAGAGGACAACCUGUAGUUUCUCUCCCUCAAUCAUAUCAAUCUCAGGAAUCAAGUUCAGGUUAUGAGGCUUGGUGGUGGCAAGUGCCUAUACCCAUUAAAUCAUCUCUUAUCCUUUUGGUUGUGAGCCUAUUUCUUACCAACUCAGCCAUCUCUUCAGCCUUGAUAAACCAUCUCUGUGGCCCUGGUAUCACCUUUUUGAUGGAGGUAACCAUUAUGGAACAUUCAAGAACAUGUUUGCCAGAGAUGGAUGUGGUACUCUCUCACCUAUAAUUCCAGCACAUGGGAGGCAGAAGAUGGAGGACUGAUGCAAAUUUUUGCCAGCCUCGGGUAGAGUGAGACUUUGUCUCAAAAACAAGACAAAAACAGAAAAUAAAUUACUUAGGAGUCUGAAGUAUCAGAGACAAGUGAUGAGUGUUCUGGUGUCUUCCUCAAGAUGCUUUUCCUAGAAGUUAAUUCUUUAACGACCAGCCACUUUGCUUUUGGCAGGUCCAAAAGCAACAUUAGAAAAACCCAACUCAAAUACAAAUCCUCAGGGACUCACAUAUAUAAUAGGUACUAUAGACUCCAUAAUGAAGUACAAAAAUUCUGCUUAAGUUUAACACAGAUUUCCCCAAUUUCUUUGUCAAAGUAACCUUUACUCUUUCUUUGAUUCAUUAGUAACCUACAGAGAAAUCUGUACAACACACUGUGGAGAAAACUAUGCUAGGCUAAAGUAUGACCUGUGGCUUUAACAUCAAUUUGAAAAACUUUCCCUUCAUUCCUCUUAAAACCAAAAUCUGGUUGCACCCAUGUUUAAGUUUUCCAUAGCUGAUGGGAACUGGAUUCUUACAAGUGACAUAGCAUCGCUUGCCACUCUCAGACAGGCUACUUCACGUGCCCAAACAUAGUUUACAUAAAUUGAUCCCUGAAUCCUAGGUUAAAUUAAUGUUACAAACAUUUCUUUUGGGAAAAACAUAUUUUCCUGCCUUACUGAUAUUUUAUUUUUGAGACAGGGUUUCUUUGUAUAGUCCUGUAGAUAAGACUGGCCUCAAACUCAAGAGAUCUGCCUGUCUCUGCCACUUGGGUGCUGGGAUGGAUCAGAGGCACGUGCCGCCAGGUCUGGCUAAUAUAUUUUGCUUUAUAUGAUGCUUAAAAUAAAGUACCCAAUUGUUCUAAGCAGUUUCUAUUGGAAUAGCUGUUGAUCCUAGAGUGAUUUGACGUGAGUUUCCUUGACAUGCAUACAUAGUAUGAUUUACUUGUGUGCCCGGCCCUUUAAAAGAUCACCAAUGGCUAGUCAACUGACUCUUUGGGAAUGCUUAGCAGUUAGAACUGCUUGACCCUAUGACCUUUAGUGUCAGUUGACUCUUGGAUUUCUGGAGACAGGGAGUAGGGUCCAAGAGUCAGAGGAGUAGGGUCCAGGUGGCAGUAGAGGCAGAAGAGUAGGGUUGGAGAAGACAGUUGGUGCACAAGAAAAACUGAGAAGGGCUGGAGAGAAGGCAGUUGGUGAAGAGAUUGAACCGUGCAAAUAAAAGGCCACUGAGCCAGGAGCUGAGCUGAGCCAGUAAAGAUUUUACCGUUAGGAGAUAGAGGAAGAACCCAUGAAGAACCCACACAAAAUAGCGGGGGGAAAAAGAGACAUAAAGCUUCAUUUAUAGAAAACUAAAACUGCUGGGCAGGGUGGCACUCACCUUUAAUCUCAGCUCAGCAGAGGCAGGGGGAUCUCUUGUGAGUUUCAGGACAGCUAGGGCUACACAGAGAAACCCUGUUUCAAACCCCUGCAUCCCCCCACAUCCCCCACCAAAAAAGUGAAACUAAAAAUUUCAUCCGUGUUCAAACGGUUCUUUUAAAAAUGCACUCAGGAGACAGGCAUCAGGGCGGAUGCCUGUAACGACAGCUCCUAGGGCCUGAGGCAAGAGGACUGAGAAUUUAGACCAAUCUUGGCUACAUAGUGAGACUCUCAGAAAACAGAUAAAGGUGAGUCUGUGUGCGGGAAUGUAGUUCAGUUGGUAGACUGCCUGCCUAGCUUGUAAUUAAUCCUAGCUCUUAGAAUGUAGGGCAGGAGGACCAGAAGUUUGACUGCAUCCUCAGCCACACUAGAUCUAGGUUAGCCUCAGCUACAUUAGACUUAUCAAAACCAAAAACCGAAAAUGGGACCUAUGUUCUAGAAAGGGCACUGGGAAUCCUCUAGCUCUAGCACAGGAUGGCGAAACUUGAAACGAUAAUUGGCCCAGACAACUUGUUUGUGGACCAGCUGGAAGAACUCAGCUUCAACUCUGUCCAUUCCUCUUUCUCUUCUGGUCUCCUCUCCUAAUUUAUGACACUCCAGUGUCAUUUAAGGAGUUAUUUUUAGGCUGUGCAUAGUGGCUGCAAGUCCUGUAAUCCCAGGACUUUAGAAGAGGUUGAAGGACCACCUGAGGCUAGCCCAUGCUGCAUAGUGAGUUGCAGGCCAUAUUCUUUUCAGAUUUAUUUGUAAUUAUCUGUGUCCACAUAAAUGCAGUGUUCGUGGAAGCCUUAUGGAUGUAGAUGUCUUGGAGCUGGAGUUAACAGGUGGUUGUGGCCUGCCCCAUACUGGUGCUGGGAAGCAAACCCAGGAUCUCUGCAAGAACAGUGCCAACUCUUAACCAAUGAGCCAUCUCUCCAGCCCCGUUUCUUUUGGUCUUGACAAUCCCAGGAAAGCCAUCUUGUUUCAUCUCAGCCUCUCAAGUGUUGGGAGUGUGGGUGUUAUUUUAUUAUUAUUUUUUUUGAUCCCACUGUUAUUUAAGAACUGCCCUUGUUUUCCCACUGUGCACACUUGAGGAGGAGCCACGGUGCACUAUCCUUUGGUUCUCCAUCAUUUUCAUGGUUGAGACUCACUGCAUUCUGGGGGCUCCUCCUUGCCCCUUUUCCCUACCCUCUGCUCCUGACUUGCUCUUCCUCUCUUCCUUUCAAAAAUAUCUUUCCAAGCAAUCUGGAAUCUGGAAGAUGACUCCCGAUUUGAGUUUUUCUACAGUGAUUGAGUUCUGAAGGAUGGAGAACAUCCAAGAAGGAAUUUGUCAUCCUUUGCCCAUUGGCAGGUCUCUGUCCAGUCAAUAUGUGGAAAAGUUAGUCAGAAAUACGAACAGAACUCUACUUUGGAGUACUUGCCGACGCCUGGAAAAGUUCAAGCCGGCUGUUUAAAAGCCUGAAUGUUUCUCUUGUAGUCCUUCGGUCAUGUUCAGACAUCUGGUCAAGGAAGAAGCAUGAGAAGAAAACAAAAAGCCGAGCAGUAACUUUGAAGUCAGUGUCUUGGCUCACGAAACUAGGUGAAGAAAGUGCCUUUUUCCCCCUUUGGCGCGGGGGUCAGAUCCCAUGCAGGAAGCCCUCCAGUCGAAGGCGCUCACCCUCCCAGCAGACUCUCUGUGAAGAGCAGGCCUGUUUUCCCAUUCUGGCAUUUACCCUCAGAGCCCCCGAGCACUCCGGGAGGCCCGUUUUGUCACCGGAGGUUGAAAUAGAACCUCCCGCUAGGUAUUCUGAGUGUCCCCCGGGGGGGAGCGUCCUCCGCUGUGGAGGGGGCAUGCUAGUGAGGGCUCGGCUCUGAUCCCAGGACACCUUUGUCCCUGGAGACGCCCAGCCAGUCAGAAAUGAUGGAAGAACUGCACAGCCUGGACCCACGGAGGCAGGAGUUACUGGAGGCCAGGUUCACUGGGGUUGGCGUAAGUAAGGGGCCACUCAACAGUGAGUCUUCCAACCAGAGUUUGUGCAGUGUGGGGUCCUUGAGUGAUAAAGAAGUAGAGACUCCUGAGAAAAAGCAGAAUGACCAGCGAAAUCGGAAAAGAAAAGCUGAACCAUAUGAAACUAGCCAAGGGAAAGGCACUCCUAGGGGACAUAAAAUUAGUGAUUACUUUGAGUUUGCUGGGGGAAGCGGGCCAGGAACCAGCCCUGGCAGAAGUGUUCCACCAGUUGCACGAUCCUCACCGCAACAUUCCUUAUCCAAUCCCUUACCGCGUCGAGUAGAACAGCCUCUCUAUGGUUUAGAUGGCAGUACUGCAAAGGAGGCCUCAGAAGAGCAGUCUGCCCUGCCAACCCUCAUGUCAGUGAUGUUAGCAAAACCUCGACUUGACACAGAGCAGUUAGCGCCAAGGGGAGCUGGCCUCUGCUUCACUUUCGUCUCUGCUCAACAAAACAGCCCUUCGUCCACGGGGUCUGGCAAUACAGAACAUUCUUGCAGCUCCCAGAAACAGAUCUCCAUCCAGCACAGGCAGACCCAGUCUGACCUCACAAUAGAAAAAAUAUCUGCACUAGAAAACAGUAAGAACUCUGACUUAGAGAAGAAGGAAGGAAGAAUAGAUGAUUUAUUAAGAGCCAACUGUGAUUUGAGACGACAGAUAGAUGAACAGCAAAAGAUGCUAGAGAAAUACAAGGAACGAUUAAAUAGAUGUGUCACCAUGAGCAAGAAGCUCCUUAUAGAAAAGUCAAAACAAGAGAAGAUGGCAUGCAGGGACAAGAGCAUGCAGGACCGAUUGCGAUUAGGUCACUUUACAACUGUCCGGCAUGGAGCCUCUUUUACUGAACAGUGGACAGAUGGUUAUGCUUUCCAAAACCUCAUCAAGCAACAGGAAAGGAUAAAUUCACAGAGAGAAGAGAUAGAAAGGCAACGGAAAAUGUUAGCAAAACGGAAACCCCCUGCCAUGGGUCAGGCCCCUCCCGCAACCAAUGAGCAGAAACAACGGAAAAGCAAGACCAAUGGAGCUGAAAAUGAAACGUUAACCUUAGCUGAAUACCAUGAACAAGAAGAAAUCUUCAAACUUAGAUUAGGUCAUCUUAAGAAAGAGGAAGCAGAAAUCCAGGCAGAACUGGAAAGGCUAGAAAGGGUUAGGAAUCUACACAUCAGGGAAUUAAAAAGGAUACAUAAUGAAGAUAAUUCACAGUUUAAAGACCACCCAACACUAAAUGACAGAUAUUUGUUGUUACAUCUUUUGGGUAGAGGAGGUUUCAGUGAAGUUUACAAGGCGUUUGAUCUAACGGAGCAAAGAUAUGUAGCUGUGAAAAUUCACCAGUUAAAUAAAAACUGGAGAGAUGAGAAAAAGGAGAAUUACCACAAGCAUGCGUGUAGGGAAUACCGGAUUCACAAAGAACUGGAUCACCCCAGAAUAGUGAAGCUGUAUGAUUACUUUUCACUGGACACUGACUCGUUUUGUACAGUAUUAGAAUACUGUGAAGGAAAUGAUCUGGACUUCUACCUAAAGCAGCACAAAUUAAUGUCGGAGAAAGAAGCCCGAUCCAUUAUUAUGCAGAUUGUGAAUGCUUUAAAGUACUUAAAUGAAAUAAAACCUCCCAUCAUACACUAUGACCUCAAACCAGGUAAUAUCCUUUUAGUAAAUGGUACAGCGUGUGGAGAGAUAAAAAUUACAGAUUUUGGUCUUUCCAAGAUCAUGGAUGACGAUAGCUACAAUUCAGUGGACGGCAUGGAGCUAACGUCACAAGGUGCUGGUACUUAUUGGUAUUUGCCACCAGAGUGUUUUGUGGUUGGGAAAGAGCCACCAAAGAUCUCAAAUAAAGUCGAUGUCUGGUCAGUGGGUGUGAUCUUCUACCAGUGUCUGUAUGGGAGGAAGCCUUUUGGUCAUAACCAGUCCCAGCAAGAUAUUCUACAAGAGAAUACUAUUCUUAAAGCUACUGAAGUACAGUUCCCGCCCAAGCCAGUAGUAACACCUGAAGCAAAGGCGUUUAUCAGGCGAUGUUUGGCCUAUCGAAAGGAAGACCGCAUUGAUGUGCAGCAGCUGGCCUGUGACCCCUACUUGUUGCCUCACAUCCGAAAGUCAGUCUCCACAAGUAGUCCUGCAGGAGCUGCCAUUGCAUCAACCUCGGGGGCAUCCAAUAACAGUUCUUCGAAUUGAGACCAACUCCCAAGGCCACUAACUGUUCAGCACACGAAGUGGACACAUGGCAUUCAGCAGUGGGUUUGGAACAUAGUGAAUCCGAAUGGAUCUCAUGAAACCUGUACCAGGUGCUUUUAUUUUCUUGCUUUUUUUCCCAUCCAUAGAGCAUGACAGCAUCGAUUCUCAUUGAGGAGAAGCCUUGGGCAGCUCUGGCCAGGCCUCAUAGGAAAAGGCCCCUCCCGAGGUUCCAGCGUCAACGGUCACCAUGGGUGGCUGCUCUGAGUGAGGAAAAAAAUUAAAAAGAAAAAACUGGUUCCAUGUACUGUGAACUUGAAAACAUGCAGACUCAGGGGGUUCCCUGACGCAGUGCUUCAGAUGAAGAAUGUGGACUUGAAAAUACAGACUGGGCUAGUCCAGUGUCUAUAUUUAAACUUGCUCUUUUCUUUUAAUAAAGUUUAGGUAACAUCUCCUAAAAAGCUGGUAGCACAAGGCUUGACUGGGGAUGGCGUUUGACUUCGGAGGACAAAGUUGCUACUGCCAUUAAAGGCACUAGAGUUAGUGUGCUAGCCCCGAGUAAGCUCAGUCUCUAAAACGUGCAGCUCCCUCGCCCCUUCUUAUUUUUAAAGAAUACAUUUGGUCAUAAAGUGAAACCCGUAUUAGCGAGUACGUGGCAAUGUUCAUUCCAGUCAGAUGCAGCUUUCUCCUCCAUCUGGGCUCCGCUUGUGAAUGCUUCUCUCACCUCAGUAGGGAGAAACGGGGUUCUGAGAUGCGUGGGUUUUGCCAUCGGACAAAGAAUGAGGUUAGAAGACCGCAGUUUGGAGUCUCUAGGUUUUCAGAUAUUUCUUCACAAUUUGAACACUUGACGGUUGUCCCUUUUAAUUUAUUUGAAGUGCUAUUUUUUUAAAUAAAGGUUCAUCUGUCCAUGCA